AUUCACUAAUUACAAGUUAAAAAUUACAAUCUUCUUUCAAACAAAGAAACAAGUGUGUGAAACAGAGAUGGCGGAUGGGCUAAGAAGAGUUGCGAGAGCUUACUACGAGAGAUCAAGCGAGGAGCAACGAGAAGAGGCCAAAGAUUUCUUCACAAGAUUAGAUCUCAACGACGACGAAAGGAUAAGUCUGGAAGAAUUCAAAGCCUGCUUCCCUUCAGGCGAAGAAUUCUUCAACAAACUCGAUUCCAGCAACACCGGAUUCCUAGAUUUCUCCGAUCUUCUUGUCGUCUUCUACCAUCAAAAGAAAGCAUUAAUCAGUAUAUCCCGCUGCGAUGGCUGCCACCAGAAAAUAAUGGGUCCCUACUUUUCUUGUGUUCUCUGUUUGGAUCACUUUCCUAGUACUUACGAUCUCUGCUGCGACUGCCAUCGCGGAGGGAAAUUCAAGCACCGCCAUCCCUUGAGCUUCAUGUUGCAUGAUCAAGCAGCUCUUGUCAGUUUCAUUCAGACAAAAACUCAGCCGGCUAAGAGUGUGAUGGAGGAACUGCGCGCAAUAGCAGAAGCACAUUUGAAAGCAAGCUCCGCAAAAACCCAGGCGAAGGCAAAAGAGUUCUUCACGGCAAUGGACAGCGACGGAGAUGGGAAAGUCGAGAUGUCGGAGUUUUCAUCGUUCAUGUCCAAGAAAGGCUACAAGCUAACAGGCAAUCCGGAUUUCUUUAAGAAACUGGACAUGGACGGCAAUGGAAGCCUGGAUUUCUGGGAGGUGAUGACGCUCAAUUACAUCAUCCAAAGCGGCCGUCCCUUCUGCGAUUGCUGCGGCGACUUCAUCCCCGCCACUUACUUCUCGUGCUUCCACUGCUUCAAGGCCGGAAAAAAGUCCUUCGAUUUAUGCCUACGUUGUUAUCAGUCCAACGCCUUCCAACACAACGCCCACGUUGGCGGCCCCAAGUUCUUGGACAACUACACCUUGCUCCACAAUCACCAGGCUUCCUCUGAUGGUCUAGCACGAAUGGAUGUCGCGGUCAAUACGUUGGGAGUGGUGGUCGACAUUUUCACCAACUUGUGACGAGUCCUAGUCUACAAAUUUUUAGGCAUAUGUAUUCAUGCAUAAUAUUGUAUGUAAUGUGGUGUAUUUGAUUUUCUACACGUACUAUUACU